UUUAUUUUUCUGUCAACGGGAGAACCCAGAGGCUACAAAAUUUCCCAUUGCCAUUUCUGUAAUCGUACAGAAUUCCAUGGAUCUCGUUUACAGUUUCUUAAACCUCGUACUUACCACAACAUCUCUAAUUGCCUUCAUCUUCCUUCUCCCACCAUACUUGUUCUUCAAGUUCCUCUCAUUCCUUCUAAGGUCCACCUUCAGCGAAGAUGUCGCCGGAAAAGUCGUUCUGAUCACCGGAGCAUCCUCGGGCAUCGGCGAGCACCUGGCGUACGAGUACGCUAAAAGAGGAGCUUAUCUAGCGUUGGCCGCCAGAAGGGAAAACCGGCUCCGGGAAGUCGCCGCCGUGGCGGAAUCUCUAGGCUCACCAUUUGCUCUCGUAAUCCCUGCAGAUGUUUCCCAGAUUCAGGACUGUAAACGAUGUAUCGAAUCCACCGUGGCCCACUUUGGACGACUGAAUCAUUUGGUGAACAACGCGGGGGUAUCCAGUAUCAAUCUGUUUGAAGAAUACGACGACCUCAACAAUGCGGUCCCAAUAAUGGAUGUGAACUUCUGGGGAAUGGUUUAUUGCACUUAUUAUGCGAUUCCACACCUGAAAGCAAGCAGAGGGAAGAUCAUCGGAAUCGCUUCCUCCGCCGCGUGGCUACCUACGCCCAGGCUUAGCUUCUACAGGGCAAGCAAAGCGGCAGUGAUAAGCUUCUACGAGACACUGAGAGUUGAAGUUGGGGGAGAGAUCGGAAUCUCCAUUAUCACGCCGGGGCUGAUCGAAUCAGAGAUGACGCGUGGGAAAUUCAUGUCCAAAGAAGGCCGUUUGCAAUUGGAUCAACAACUGAGAGACGUUGUGCUGAGCGUGAUGCCGGUUAUGCCGAUCGGAGGGGCGGUGAAGGGAAUCUUGAGGAGCGGUUGCCGCGGAGAUGCGUAUGCGACGGAGCCGUCGUGGAUGAGGAUGGCGUUUUACUACGCCACGCUGUGCCCGGAGUUAGUGGAGUGGCUUAAUCGCUUCAUUGUUAUCACCGCAACUUCUUACUUCUCCACCAACCCAACUCCAAUUGCCACAUAAAACCCUCGUCUUUUGUUCUGUUUAUGCCCAAUUUUGUAAUUUUAUUACUCUUUCCUUUCUGUAAUCAAAUAUUCAAAAUAAAUGGUUUUGGUGUGGCUUUGCAAUAUGGGCCGAAAAUAGGCCCAUUUGUCAGGUGAUUUCAGCAUGGGCGCGGCUUGAAGCGGUUGUA